AUGGCCGCGUACUGCGAGCGCCCCGGGGGCGGCCCGACGCCGCACAGCCCGGCCGGGGCGUCCCGGCUCCCCGCGCCCUACUCGCGCGCCGACCUGGGCGCCGCGGCCGUCGGCUCCCGCCUGUGGCCCGACGCGCCCCCGCUCGGCCCCGCGCCCUGCGCGCCCGCGCCCCUCCUGGGCCCCGGCCCCGGCCCGCUGCUGGGCGCCGCGGGCGGCCCGGCGGGCGCCGACCUCGCCUGGCUGAGCCUCCCCGGCCCGCAGGAGCUGCUGCGGCUGGUGCGGCCGCCCUACUCGUACUCGGCGCUCAUCGCCAUGGCCAUCCAGAGCGCGCCGCGGCGCCGGCUGACCCUCAGCCAGAUCUACCAGUACGUGGCCGGCAACUUCCCCUUCUACGCGCGCAGCGCGGCGGGCUGGCAGAACUCCAUCCGCCACAACCUGUCGCUCAACGACUGCUUCAAGAAGGUGCCGCGGCAGGAGGACGACCCAGGGAAAGGCAAUUACUGGACCCUGGACCCCAACUGCGAGAAGAUGUUCGACAACGGGAACUUCAGGAGGAGGAGGAAGCGCAGGGCCGAGGGGGGCGCGGCACCCCCAAGAGCAUGGAGCCAGGCAGGAGCCCUGGAGCAGGAGCCGGAGGCCCAGGGCGCAGCCUGCCGCGACCCCCCGCCCUCGCCGCCCGCGCCCGCGGCAGCCGCCUGCUUCUCCAGCUUCGCCUCCGCCAUGGGCGCGCUGGCCGGCGGCCUCGGCACCGUCCCCGGGGUGCCCAGCGACAUGUCCUUCGGGAGGCCCGCGGCGGUCGCCGUCCACAGCCCCCGGCCCGGCCCCACGCCUGCCUUCGCCGCCGGCCACCCAUCGUCGGCCGCUGGUUUCCGCCUAGUCGUUUACAGCCGGGAAGGGACCGAAGUGUGAAGAGGGCCAACACACGCAAACCUCUGUGAAACCGCCGAGCACCAUGUCAGUGGGGAUUCCUUCCGUCGGCGCGGGGCAAUGGCGUUUGCAGGUGACCGUAGACCAAAGUGUACAGUGAAGAACAUUAGACCCCCCCGGAGGCCUGUGGCCAUUGAAUGAAAAGAAAUCCCCACGCUAAGAACUCUUUGGGAUGAAAACUCGAAACUUUGUUAAAAGUGUUUUUUUAAAGUAUAGUGACUUUUCCAAAGGGAACGUUGGGUUUGGAGAGCUGAGUUUGUGUCGUAUGUUGAUUAAA